GUUGUGUUAUAAGGUAAACACAUUUUCACAUUGAAUAUCUUGUGGUGCUUCUCAUAAACUCAGACUCAGACUUACAGUUUGUCUUAACUUUAAAUGUUUUGCAUUCAAGUUCUGUAUUUCAGCGCAAUCAGCAGCGAUCUGGAACAGAAAACUACAGUGGUAAAAGAUAUAGAGGGUCUCAAGUGACAGCAACUGGAAAUAAGGGAAUAUGCGAAAGUGUAGAAGCAGGGGCUGAGAGAGAAACUACGAACAUUUGGAAAGUUAAUGUAAACGUGAACACAGAAAAAAAUCAGAGAAAGGUAGCUCCAAAAAUGUCCAGAAGCAACAUCUGAGAUAUGUGUCCAGAAGGGUAUUGAUGUGAAAACAGCCAAGAUGUUAUCCAGAAAUAGACAGAUAGAGGUUAAUGAAAACACUCAAACAGUGCCAACCAUAUGAGUGUCACAUUUACAAAUUUGCGCACAUAUUAAUCAUUACUUUCAUUUCCAGGACACGAUGACAGAGCUCUUUUUAUUUCCAGCAUGUCCUUAUACUCUCAAGGAGAAGAUAAGACAUCCUGCUUUAAAAUGAAAUGUAGAAUUGAAUUGUAUGUGAAAUGUGAACAUUUUAAUGUUGUCAUGUUUGGUUCAGGGCCCUAACAGCUCAGCUGGUGUCAUUUGAGCCAUAAUGGAUCUUAAUUCUGUGACAAAAGCUUUGAUAGUCUCUAGCUGCCAUGAAACCGGUGUGACAGGUGGGAAACUGGUGCACUGGGCACGCCCGCCUCUGUGAACAGAAGAAUGAAGGACUGAGAGAAUGAUGGACACUGGAAGUGGGAGGUGUCGGACAGGAAGGGGAAAGGCAAAUCUACCUUGUUGUUGCUGGGAUGAAGGUCAGUGACAAACACACUAUAGAGUAGAAAGGAGGGGAGAAGAGAAGAGUAGAGGUGUUUAAUGUGGCACCACCAUGCUCUAACCAUUGCUCGGAAACCCUGGAUGCGAAAAAGCUCCACCCAUCUGUGCUCAUCUCCACUCUCCAAUCUUUGCUGACCUGAGUCCGAUGGCAAAGCAUGACCCGAACGAGUCCCCUCCACCUUACUCUGUUGGCGUGUACACCCUGCCCCCCCUCAAGUCCUAUGAGGAGGUGGUGUAUGGCUUGGGUCCAGGCCUGACACCCCCCACCCAUCCACAUUACAUUCCCCAGUAUGCACCACCUGUAGUUGUUCCCCAAGUCACACAGUCAAGCAUAAUCCCCAGCAGUAGGAAGAAGAGAUGCUGCGAGAAUAAUGCCCAGUUUUACGGAGGGUCAGGGGGAGCCUUACUGGUGCUCGGUCUGCUGGCACUGGCAAUCUGGUUUGGAGUUCGAUAUGGCACCCGGUUGGCAACAGCAGCAAAUCUUUUAAAUGAGUAUGAUGAUGACAAAAAUCAAAAUCCGUCUUUGGCAAACUAUGACACCUGCCCCGAAAAUACUAUCCAAUGUGAUGCGAUAAGAGACUGCCAACUGGGCAGCGACGAAACAAACUGUGUGAGGUUUGGCAGCAAUGGUGCUCUGCAGGUCAGGACAUCUAAAGAUGGCCGCUUCCUACCAGUGUGCUACAAAAACUGGGACCAGAGCUAUGCUGACCAGACCUGCACUCAACUAGGAUUUGGAAGGUCCUAUGCCACCAGUGCAUUUCAAUCCCAGAAGUCUAUUGGUUUAACUUUGAACAGCAGAUCAAAUUUACCUCUCCAGGGUCUGGUAAACGUCAGUUCAUCCUGUCCAAAUCAGGAGACUGUCUCCCUGCAGUGUGUGGACUGUGGUCAGCAGCAGUCUAUAUCCCGGAUCAUUGGAGGCAGCGCAUCCAAGACGGGUCAGUGGCCUUGGCAGUUGUCACUGCAAUUCAGAGGAUCCCACGUCUGCGGAGGAGUCCUGAUCUCUAAUGAUUUUGUGCUGACUGCUGCCCACUGCUUUCCAAGAAGCAACUCUUUAGCUCUCUUGGUAGAGAACUGGAAAGUGUAUGGUGGAGUGGUGUCUCUGGACAAUCUACGUCAGCCCUACUUGGUUAAGACGAUCCUCCUCAACGAGAACUACAACAGCCAGACUAAUGACCAGGACAUCGCUCUGCUCAGACUUAGAUCUCCAGUGGUUUUCGAUGAUAAAGUCCAGCCAGCUUGUCUGCCAGCUUUUGACCAGGAAAUUCCCCCUGGAACCAAAUGCUGGAUCUCAGGUUUUGGCAUCACUAAGGCAGGAUCAGGCAUUGUCUCCAGGGAUCUAAUGGAAGUGACAGUGGACAUCAUUGGUACUCAAGUGUGUAACAGCCCCAGCGGGUAUAGAGGCACCGUGACCAACAAUAUGAUCUGUGCCGGGGACCUGAAUGGAGGCAAAGACUCCUGUCAGGGUGACAGUGGUGGACCUCUGGUGUGUCAGGGAGAGAGCCGUUGGUACGUGAUGGGGAUCACCAGCUGGGGAGCUGGAUGUGGGGAAAGAAACAAGCCUGGUGUUUAUACAAAAGUCAGUAGUAUUGUGCCCUGGAUCUACAGCACAAUGCAGCAAAUGAAGCCAUGAAGUCCCUUUUUCUCCUGCUGGCGGUCUACUUCCCCUCCAUCCCUAAUGAACCCAAUACAGUAAAGCGAUGGAUGGAUAUUGAUACACACCAAUCGAUGCCCUGACUUCAGUCUUGCAUUCUUGAUUUUAGUCUUCUGUCUCUUGGGUGCCUCAGUCAUACAGCAUACUUGUGUUUACCUACAUGUUAAGCUUUAAAGAUGACUGGCCCUUCUAGUUCUGUGCCAAUGAAACAGUCUACUGUAAUCUCCUUAACUUGAUUGAGAAUGCUAUUCUAUUAAAAAUGAUUUAUGAUCGUAGAGUUGUGUUUUUCCCCAGGGACACAUCUCAGGUUUUUCAAUGCUGAAUAUUGCC